AUGUCCGCCUCACAAAAGGCAGUAUUCGUCAGCCAAGUUGGCAAGCCCCUUGAAUUAGGAAGCAGGCCAAUACCUUCACCGCAGCCUGGAGAAGUUCUGGUCAAAGUUUCCGUAUGCAUGCUUUUACCUCACGACGCCUAUUCCAGAGACCUCGGACUGUUCACCAAGGGCAAUCUUCCAUUCGUUCCAGCCUCCAAUGUAGCUGGAAUCAUCAGCCGAAUCGGAUCAGCAAAUACUUGCUUCCGAGAAGGAGAUCGAGUUUUCGGCUACUCAAUAUCCCGAGGCACAGUUCCCGGGACGGAUCAGGGCGGCCUGCAGGAGUAUGCAAUUCUCGACGUCGACUCUAUUGGCAAGAUUCCGGUGGAUUGCACCGACGAGCAAGCCGUGACUCUGCCGACGAACCUCGUCACUGCAUGGCAAGUGCUGUUUACCCAUACUGGCUUCGCUUUGCCGAGUCCAAUCGCGCGGGAGGAGAAGGGACCCAAUCUCGCAACCGAAAUGGUCUUGAUCCUAGGAGCCGGUUCCAAUAUCAGCAAGUUUGCGGUUCAACUUGCGCGAAUGGCGGGAAUCGGUACCAUUAUCGCUGUGGCAGGUCCAUCAAACCAGCAGGAUCUCCUGAAGAUGGGCGCGACUCACUUCCUCGACCGCCAUUUACCGAAGGAAAAGCUGAUCUCGAACAUCCACCUGCUUGCUGGAAGAGACAACCUGCGGCUUGCAUUCGAUACCUACAGCCCAGCAUUCGACUUGGCUGUCGGUCUUCUCCCUGAGACGAAAUCCAGCAUCUUUCGAACGACGCAGCCCAUGUCUGCAGACCAGAAGAAGCUUUUCGAAGAAUCAAGACCACUUUGCGAUGCGGCCUUCGUUGAAGGGACCAACGCGAGCCUUAGGCCACAUGCUUCAGCGUUCUGGAAGGCUGUUCCCAGAUGGCUGGCUGAAGGGAAGCUCUCACCCACCGACUAUCGGGUCAUUGAAGGAUUGAACAACGUUGAGGAGAUCAACAGCGUGCUAGAUGGGUAUUGUUCUGGCUCGUCAGGUCCGCAAGUAGUCGUUCGCAUUUGA